AUGUGUGAGAGUCCCACAACCACUCGCAUCGUCCAUUCGAUUAUCUCCGUCGCCAAGUUGUUCAUGGGUUGGUUAAAAUGGGGCAGAUUACAGGAAGACGAUGACCCUACCAUCAAGCCGAGGACGUUCAAUGUGCCUUACUGGGUCUCGUGUGAGAUGUUUCAACUGGGAGGCAUGGAUCAUCCACCCACCGAUGAUAUCUACCUGCAGCCACUUGGAAGAGUGAACACACACGGUGGCACAUCAACACCACCGCACAACCAUGCCAAGUGA